GGUUCAGAUGUCGUCUUCCCCGUCUUAAAAACUGAUUUAGUCGAACCGGCUGUUCAAGAUUUUGUUCUUUUAGUUCAAACCAACCAUACAAUUUUUGAUUACGGAAGCUUUGGUUUUCUGAGUUCCCUGCUAGCUGGGGGUGAUACUAUGUAUGCUACAGGAUACAGUGUCAAGAAACAUCCUAUUCUACAGGCUCUACAUAAAGCAGCACCUUGGAACUGGGAACAUGUUGAUGUAUCACAGGGACAUAUAUUCUACUAGAUAAUUCAAAUAUUAUUUCUAACAAGUUUGUACAAAUUUUACACGGUUUUUUUUGGCAAUUUGAUGUUGAAAAGUUUUUAAAUUCUUGGCUUUUUAAACUAAAUUAAGGACCAGUAAAACAUAAGAUGGAGAACUUCGGAGAGGAAGAAGAAGAUGGAGAAAAAGAAGAAGAUGAGGAUGAUGAUGAAGAGGAGAGAGAAAGGGAUGGGAAAGAAGAUACAGACGAAAUGGAGGCAGAUGAUGACAGAGAAGAAGAGGAAGAAGAAGGAGAAGAAGAAG